GUUACUAUUCCAACUGAUAAGAAAGCAUAUCGACGUCACAAAGUCCCUAAAAUUCGAGAAACCAAGGAGCAACAUGAUUAUUGUUUUCUUUUGUAUUUUCUUAUGUGUUCUUACGGAAAACAAUGUGUAUGGAUAUUUCAGAUCGGAAAACGGAAACACCGAAGCCACAAUAGCAUUCAAGGAAGAAAUUGUUUCAGUCCAGCAAGAACAAAUCAAUUUUCUUAUGACAAAAGUUUCUGAAUUAUCGGAUGUUGUUCAACAUCAGAAGUUGGAAAUGACUAUUUUGAAAAAAGAAAAAGAAAAUCUGGUUAAUGCUUUGUCAGACAUUAAGGUAAUGCAGGCAUUGAUUUUAAGUACAUGUAAACUAGAUCACGGUGAGCGUUUGAAGUUCGAAAGUGAAAACAAACAUGACAGUAGUGCUUCCUUAGAAUUGCAGUAUCCCGAUCUUGUCGCAGAAACCUUGGAUUUUCAUAGCAGGAAAGAAAGGUUACUUUUAUCACAACCUCCAACCCAUACGAACCCUACAAGUGGAAACGUCAUAGCUUUUUAUGCCUACAUGUCUGGUGACUUUGUGAAUCCUGGCGCCUCUCGCACUUUGAUAUUCGACAAAAUAAUCACAAAUGCUGGAAACGGUUACCACAACGCCACUGGGGCUUUCGUUGUGCCCAAAACUGGGUAUUACGUGUUCAGUUGGUCCAUGCGUUUAGUCAACGGUGAAUAUCAUCGGGCGGAACUUGUCCACAAUCACAACGUGAUGGGCGUGGCUUAUCUCUACGCUCCGACGGGAGACCACACGGUCAGUAACACUAUAGUCAUCCACGUUAACCAAGGCGAUGAUGUUUUCAUUAGAACCCAAUCUGGAGCAAAUUCAGGGGACGUUGAAAGCGGUACUGGUGGACGGACAGAAUUCUCGGGCUGGAAAUUAAACUAAUCAUGAUUCUUUGCAAUGUAUUUGACAAGCACGUAUGCUACGGGUUAAACUUUACAUGGGCAGUUCACAUGGCAUUGUUAUAUACAUUGAAUAAAAAUGUUUUAAGUC